CUUUCAACGGAUAACAAUCCAAAGAUGAACAAAUCUCCACCACAAAACCAUCAAUGAAGAUUUCUACUUUUUUUUUUCUUCACUAGUUCAUAUGAACUGAAACACAGAAUAUUAAACAAUGGCAGCUUUGCAGAAUUCUAUGCCAUCCCUUCAUCAUACAUUGUUCACUAAUUCCUUUCCCCAGAGAGGGUUGCAGAAGCUUUCUCAUGGAGCAUUUCUUUGCUGUAAAACAAGUGUUCCUCUUCAUGUCCGGGGUGAGCAUUUAUCAUCUCCACCUGCCGCUGCUUCUAGCUCUUCUCAGUUUCAAGAUAGUUGUGGGAGACGCCGAAUGAUUGCCGUUGGCAUCAUUGCUCCUUUGGUUUCAAUUGUCGACCGAACUCCUAUUGCGUUUGCUGCAGAAACUAAGAAGGGAUUUCUUCCAGUCACUGACAAGAAAGAUGGAUACACAUUUCUCUAUCCAUUUGGGUGGCAGGAAGUAGUUAUUGAAGGUCAAGACAAGGUGUUCAAAGAUGUUAUUGAGCCAUUAGAAAGCGUUAGUGUGAACAUGAUACCAACUAGCAAACAAGAUAUUCGAGAUUUCGGAUCUCCGCAAGAGGUUGCUGAAACACUAAUCAAGAAAGUUUUGGCUCCUCCAACUCAGAAAACAAAGCUAAUUCAGGCAGGAGAGCAUGAUGUAGAUGGAAAAACUUAUUAUACAUUUGAGUUUGUCACUCAGGCUCCAAACUACACUCGGCAUGCUCUCACUGCAGUUUCUAUUGGAAACGGUAAAUUUUAUACACUGACAACCGGAGCAAAUGAGAGAAGGUGGGAUAAGAUGAAAGAGAGACUACUCACUGUGGUAGACUCUUUUAAGAUAUUCAAUGUUUGAAGCAUGAUUGUGCAAAACUUUAAAAACAAUCAUAUUAGGAAGAACAACAUAUAUAUACUUCUUGAUUGAGAGCAUUGUGCAUUUUUCCGGAAUUGUAUAAAGUCCCAGUUCAAUCUA